GCACAAUUUCAGACACUUGGUGCUGUCAGGUUCUUUUCCGGUUUGAUUCCUGAACGUUUUGGACCACUAUGAGAACGAUCAACUCCAACCAGACGGUGACCGUCCCGAAGGAUGUCACCGUGAAGGUCCACUCUCGAGUCGUGACGGUGCGCGGGCCGCGCGGAACGCUGCAAAAGAACUUCCGUCAUUUGCCCAUGGACGUCUACAAGGUGUCGAAGAAGAAGCUGAAGGUGGAAAAGUGGUUCGGUUCCAAGAAAGAAAUCGCCGCAGUCCGCACUGUGUGCUCGCACGUCGAGAACAUGAUCAAGGGUGUUACCAAGGGAUUCCAGUACAAGAUGCGUGCCGUACAUGCUCACUUCCCGAUCAACUGUGUGAUCAGUGAGAACAAUUCCUUGGUAGAGAUCCGUAAUUUCUUGGGCGAGAAGCACAUCCGUCGUGUAAAGAUGCAGCCCGGAGUGACGGUGGUGAACUCCGCCAAACAAAAGGACGAACUGGUGCUGGAAGGCAACGAUAUCGAAGCCGUCUCACUUUCCGCUGCUCUGAUCCAGCAGUCGACGACUGUCCGUAACAAGGAUAUUCGUAAAUUCUUGGACGGUCUGUACGUGUCCGAGAAGACCACCGUGGUUCAGGAUGAGGAAUAAGUUGUAAUAUUGUCGUAUGCAAACACUGAGAAGUUGAAAAGAAAGUAUGUGGCGAAAA